CAGAAAUUAAAACGACUCGCAGCCCGGCCAAGACAAAUACAUUACAGUACUUUCCCCGGUUUUCCUCGUCUGCGCCUUUUCUCCGAGACAGAUCCUGUUCUCUUUGUGUUUGGACUCCCUCCUCUGCUCCUGCGGCUCCUCCCUCUCGCACAUAAAAGCUUCAAGAGCUUCACCAGUCUGCGCUACGUCCACCCUGCAGCAGAACACAUGAAGACCUGAUACCUGACCGCAGCCUAUACAUGGCCACCGCACCACUGAUGCCUUGGGGACAAGCCACAGAAGGAAGCUAACUUAAGGCAAAACAGUAGGUGAAGAUAUUUGCUUGGCCAAUCUGAAAAAAAUGGUGUCUAUACUCCUCCAUCACAUCCACCUGCUCAUUGCUUUGGUCCACCAGGCCCACAGCGGUGCAUUCUACAGAAGCAAGACACUGCCUCAGCAACACCAGGCCCAGCCACAGUACAAUGAUGGCCAUCCUCAACAGCCCUUCAUAGGGAAUGAGAUGCCAUUACUGGGUCAGUACGGACAGGAGCUCCCACAGCUUCCGUUUCAGUUGGGCAAAGAGCGACUACUAACUGAAAGCAAAGGGCAAACAUUCCCCAGAGGAGCCAAAGGCCCGCCUCCUCCUGUUUCGAAAGGGAACAGUAUUCGAGUCGGACUACAGGGAGUUGAAGGCCCACUGGGCCCACCAGGGCCACCGGGACCUCAAGGACCACCGGGGCUUCCAGGCCAGGGAAUGCAGGGAAUGCCAGGAAAGGCAGGUCCUCCUGGUCCUCAAGGCUACCAAGGAAUCGGAAAACCAGGAAUGCCAGGAUUGCCCGGAAAACCGGGAGGACCUGGUUUGCCAGGGCCACGGGGUGAUCCAGGACCCAAUGGUGGUGAAGGGCCAAAUGGACUUCCUGGUCCUCCAGGACUUCCAGGUCCACCUGGCCUUCCCGGGAUUUCAAAGGCAGGAGGUCAGGGCCUGCCGGGACAACCGGGUCUUCAUGGAGAGCCAGGUCAAAGAGGUUCCCCUGGGCUUACUGGCCCACCAGGCCCGAAGGGAGACAAAGGACUUGGGAUACCAGGUUUACCCGGAUUGAAAGGACCUAGUGGACCACCUGGUCCACCUGGACAUGCUGGGAUCUCCGGGAUUGGAAAACCUGGCAUAAAUGGUCUUCCUGGUCAGCCAGGAAUACCAGGAAAACCCGGUCUUCGUGGUGAACCAGGACCAGAAGGACCGCCUGGUGAUAGAGGACAACCAGGGCUACCGGGUGUAUCAGGAAUUGGAAAACCAGGGAAGGAUGGCUUUAGAGGGCAACCAGGAAUUCCUGGUGGAAAAGGUGAAGCUGGCUCUCCAGGAUUACCAGGAAGUCCAGGUUUGCCUGGUUAUGGCAAACCAGGAUUUCCAGGACCCAAAGGUCACAAGGGACACAGUGGGCUUCCUGGGUCUCCAGGCCCAAAAGGCGAUAAGGGUCAUGAAGGCUUUCCAGGUGUCAUUGGUCCUACUGGUUCUAGUGGUAGACCUGGCCCACCAGGCCCAAUGGGUCCUGCAGGUAGCAUUGGCUUCCCAGGGCAAAAGGGAGAAGAUGGUGAUGGUGGGCCAAAAGGAAAACCAGGAUUAAAAGGGGAUUUAGGACCACCAGGCCUUAUGGGACAGCCAGGGUUGAGAGGCGAGGCGGGGCAACCAGGACUGAGAGGGCUUCAAGGACCAACUGGCCCCAAGGGGGAAGCUGGUAGUAGGGGAUUAUCUGGUGCCCCUGGUACUGCAGGAUUAACUGGACCAAGAGGAGAGGGUGGACAACCUGGUGAUCAGGGGAAAAAGGGACCACAAGGGAUUCCAGGACUUACAGGACCAGGUGGACCAAUUGGACCUCCUGGGCUGCCUGGUCAAAAAGGGGAAACAGGCCCUCCUGGGGUACCUGGCUAUCCUGGGGAUGGAAUACCUGGACCAGCUGGACAAGUUGGUCCUAAGGGUAACUCUGGCCCUAGUGGGCCUCCCGGACUUCCUGGACAACCAGGACAACCUGGACCCCCUGGUCCUCCAGGACUUCCUUCUGUAUAUCCUGACCUUGGACAGACCCUGCCAGUUUCAGGUCCAUACAAUGGCCAGAAACAAGGGUACAGGAAGCAGAAUGGUGCCUACAUUGGUGGUAAUGUUUUGGAAAAGCCGGCUUUCUCAGCGAAGCUCACUGAUCCGUUUCCUCCUGUCGGUUCUCCUGUUAUUUUCGACAAAGUUCUACACAAUGCCAAUCAGGACUACAAUCCUCAAAAUGGUCUUUUUACCUGUAGCGUGCCAGGGAUUUACUAUUUUGCUUACCACGUCCACUGCAAAGGAAAUAAUGUGUGGGUGGCGCUGAUGAAGAACAAUGAGCCCGUCAUGUACACUUACGAUGAGUGCACCAAGGGCUUGUUGGAUCAGGCAUCAGGUAGCGCAGUGCUCUCGCUACAGCAGGCUGACACUGUGCAUGUUCAGCUUCCAUCUGACCAGGCAGCAGGACUUUACGCUAGUCAGUAUGUCCACUCCACAUUUUCUGGAUACUUACUGUACCCAGUCUAAAUAAAAACAUAUUAAAGCCGGAAAUGUACAACUCAAGUUUGUCCGAUGUGCUACAGCAACAGUGGGAAAUCAUGACUGAUAUUGCAUUAAAAUCAUUUCAUCUGUAUGUACACAUGAAGUUCACUUUUUGCUCUUACACUGCUAUUGCUAUGUUGUUUAUAGGGCUCAAGCAUGAAUAAUUGCAGCAUGAUUAUUACAGAGGUGUGCCUUAGGCUGGCCACAAUAAAAGGCCACUCCAAAAUGUGCAAUUUUUGUUCAAGCUGCAUUGUAUCUCAACUGACUUUGGGCGAUAGGCUCCAUCCUGGAUCAAUCACCAGUCAAUCACAGCACAUGUAGAGACCAUUCACAAACACUUUGACACCUGUAAUCACUGAGUAGCAACCAACCCCACGGUUGGAUGCAAGGAAGUCACCACUGCCCUGUCACUUGAUGUACAGGAGAACUUAACUAAUUUGACCAACAGUGGUGCAAUUUGUAUGUUGUUUUUGCUUCCAAUAUGAAUGAAACACUCAACAAAUGUGUCAAAAAUAAAUUCUUUGACGACUGGUCCUUUGAUUAUUUGGCUUUGUAAUAGGGCUGUCAAUCGAUUAAAAUGUUUAAUCGUGAUGAAUCGCAUUUUGUCCAUAGUUAACCCUGUUAGUCGCAUUUAUUCUUUGGGUUUGUAAUACGGCUGGCAAUCGAUUAAAAUAUUU